AUGCACACGCUGACGGCCCCGCCCCCGCCCUGGCCGAAUUGCAUCCUGCUCUUCGUUGCUCUCCUGCUGUGGAGUGGGAUUGAGAAGACCAAGCCGGCGGAUGCGGAGUUGGACGACGAGCUGCUCGCCUCCAAGUCGGUCCGGGACGGCAUCGCCGCGCUCAAGCAGUACCGCAAGUCCGCCAUCUCUCUGCAGGACCAGUUUGCAAAGGACGGCAACAUGAACCUGAUCCCCGUCAUCCGGAAGGAGUUCGACUUCUCCAAGCUGCGCGACGACCUCAACGUGGUCACGACCGUCUUCGACGACCAGACCCAGCUCACCACCGACCAGCGCACCCGCAGCAUCAUCUACGACCUGACGGAGCUGGAGAACGCCGCCCGCCUCAAGAAGGGCGACCCGGAGCGCACGCCGAAGAAGAUUGCCAACGUCCAAAAGGUGGAGACGCCAUUGUACAGCGGAAAGUACAGGAGCCAGCGAGUCGGGUGGACGGCGCCCGCGGUGCCGGGCGGCUGGAGUGCUGCGAGCUGCUGGCACACGUGCGUGGCGCUCGGCGCGGUCGUGCCGACCCACCUCCACAUGGAGCGGACCGCCGCGUCCGUCUCGAAUGCGACGGCAAAUCCGGCGGUCUGCAGCGAGAGGUCCCAGAUGCUGCUGCGCACCACGCCCUCUGCAGCAGCGGGCAAACGGUGGUAUGGGAAUCGCUUGACCGGGUCGGCGUCAAAGUGGCUGUUGACGAGCGUCAGGCUGUGCGCCUCGACAAAGUCGAUUUUGGUCACAUUGGGCGCCGGGCAUGGCGUGCCAAAGGGUCGCUCGUCGAAUGCGAGCCAGUUCGCUCGCGACGCCGACGCCGACGCCGCCGCCGGAACGACCGCGGCGGCCGGCGAUCGACUCCUGACACCCAUCGAGCGGAUGGGCGCGUUCCCGCCGCGACCCGCAACCGUCGAGGCGUCGAUGCUCGCCUCCACGCCCGCGCCAGACCUCCGCGAUUGGGGCGCCUUGUCGACGGGAUCAAUUGUGAUUCCGGGCGUAUUUUUCUGGUAUCUUACUCGCACGUCGGCGACUCUUAGUCGCUUCUCCGUGCUAGGAGGCCUCUGUUUUGUGUCCGUGAGGACUAGAUCGAAACUAACAUUCGGGAACAUUUCAGUAAGAUAUCAGAAAAAUGCGCGUUCGUUCACAAUUCAUGUGUAUAUGAACGGUGCCGACGGGUUUGGCGAGCAUCGAAGCCGUCCAGGCGCAGCAACGCGACGGCUGCUAGAGCAGCCCCGCGGAGCCUCCCGGAUGCAUCGGCACACCGUCGUCCAGGAUGACGGCGCACGCGCUGCCCAGUGA